UGUUGCUAUUUAGUAUGCCGUCACACUUUCGCAUAUCCAAAACGUGCGCUGGCAAGCAAAAUAAAUAAGACGCAAACAACGAGACGACUCUAUAAAUAACUUGCAAAGAUUCGCAACAAAAACGCGUUAUAAACAAACCUUUUUGUUGAAAUUUAAGUGCAGCAGUGACAAAAACGCAGCGCCAACAUGAGCAUGAGCGAUGACGACAGAGAUAUUGACAUUGAGAGUGACGAUGAUGUGGAUUCUGAUAACGGUCUUGGCUCCUCGCGCCACACGAGCACCGCAAAUUUUUCGCAGGCCGAAAAACGAGCGCAUCACAAUGCUUUGGAAAGAAGAAGACGUGAUCACAUCAAGGAGAGUUUUACCAAUCUUCGUGAAGCAGUGCCAACGUUAAAGGGCGAAAAGGCCAGCAGAGCGCAGAUUCUUAAGAAGACCACCGAAUGCAUACAAACGUUAAGGCGGAAGAUAAGUGAAAAUCAAAAGGACAUCGAGGACAUUAAGAAACAGAACAGUAUCCUCGAUGAACAGAUACGACGACUAGAAGGGAACCCCUCGAAUGGAUCGGAAUUCUUGAGUGGUGAUGACCUUAGUGAUGUGGAGGAUGCUCUGGAACAAUCAGAUUUUAGCAGACGGAGUAAAAAGUUGAAAACAUUUCAUGCAUAG